CAAAGUGAUAUUUUGUGGACCAAGAUGAGUAUGCUAUUGGAUAAGAUGAGGGGACUGAGCUUCAAGAUUAUACCAAAGACUUAUAAAGAUGGACACUCAAGUCACAAAUUAUACAACAUUCAAAAAGAAGGUGUUUUAGACUCCAGGAAAUCUAACGCCUUUGUGGGGCAAACUUUCAGAAGACUUAACGAAGUCAAGUCGCCUGCCUCUGGAAAAUUUAUAGCCCCUUAUUCACACACUGGUUUUCCCCAAUUGCCCUCCUCCCAACAUCCUAAGCAAUUUUUUAUCUCUAUUUAUAGCUGAACACUUCAUUCCUUAUUUUAUCUACAAUUUUUAUUAUAUACUACUAUAAACAUCAGUUGUACCCAUGGAGAAAGCCAACUCUUUUAUUCUUUCUGUUGUCUUCCAAUAUUUACUCUACUUGUUAGUGGCAUGCAUAGCCACAAACAUAAGCACAGAUCAAUCAGCUCUUCUUGCCUUAAAAUCCAGAGUUACUCUAAACUCUCAUCCCUUAACCCAAAAUUGGUCUUCUCAAUCUUCAGUUUGUGACUGGAUUGGAGUCACUUGCGGCUCUCGCCACCAUAGGGUGAGAGCACUCAAUAUAUCCAACAUGGAUAUUGUUGGAACCAUUCCGCCACAGUUGGGAAACCUCUCUUUUCUCGUUUCACUCGAUAUGAGCAAAAAUAAUUUUCUUGGAGACAUCCCUCAAGAUUUGUCUCGUUUACGUCGAUUGAAGGUGAUUGAUCUGGGAUACAAUAAUUUCAGUGGAGAGAUUCCAAUGUGGUUCGGUUUCUUUUCUGAGCUUCAAAUGUUAAUUCUUGAUAACAACGGUUUCACUGCUAUACCUCCUGCUUCUAUUUCUAACCUGUCCAAGUUAGAAACUCUGAGUGUUAGUAAUAAUCAUCUUCAAGGCAGUUUUCCCAAAGAUAUUGGCAAUCUUCAGAGUUUAAAGGAGCUGGUUUUAGUCAGUAACCAACUUACUGGCGCUAUUCCAUACUCCAUUUUCAACACCUCCUCGUUGGAGACUUUAGCUCUCACAUAUAAUCAAUUAUCAGGGAGUCUUCCUGCAGAUAUAUGCCGCGGUCUGCAAAGAAUCAAGAACAUUUCAAUAAAUUCCAACCAGUUGAGUGGUCACAUUCCAGCUGGUUUGUCUAACUGCACACAACUGUAUGACUUGUCAUUGUCAUACAAUAACUUCAAUGGGAUCAUUCCACCAGAAAUUGUAAACUUGGAGAGGCUUGUGAUCUUAGCCCUUGGGGGAAACAACUUGCAAGGCACAAUUCCAGCAAAGAUUGGUAAUUUACGAAAUUUGCAGAGAUUGCAACUGGAUAACAACGACAUCGUGGGUUCAAUACCGCGCAGCAUACGGAACAUGACAUCGCUAUGGAUGCUUAAUUUCAGCACCAACCAUUUAACAGGUGUUAUACCCGAAGAGAUUGGGAACCUUCACAAGUUGGAGAAACUUUAUUUACAAUUUAACGAAUUAAGUGGUUCCAUACCGGAAGAGCUCUUCAAUAUCUCUACGCUAACAAGGGUGUCACUUUCUACGAAUAAUCUUUCGGGUAGUCUUCCAUUAGCUUUCGGUUACUUGCCAACAAAUCUACAGUUAUUGAAUCUUUUUGGAAAUAACAUUGGUGGAGUAAUACCCAGAGAGAUUGGGAGCCUUCACAAAUUGGAGGUACUUAUUCUUGGAGUUAAUAAACUAAGUGGUUCCAUACCGGAAGAGCUCUUCAAUAUCUCUACGCUAAGAGUGAUGUCACUUGCAUUUAAUAACCUUUCGGGUAGCCUCCCAUCUGCUUCAAGCUACUGGCAAACAAAUCUACAUUAUCUGCAUCUUGGUGUGAACAACAUAGAUGGGGUUAUACCCAGCUCAAUCUCCAAUUCUUCAAAUCUAAAGGAAUUAGAUCUUAACAACAACAAAUUCAGUGGCCCGAUUCCUAACUCUUUGGGGGAUUUGAGACAGCUUGAACGUUUGAAGUUGUCCAAAAACAACUUAUCAUCUCCGCACCUAAGUAUCUUAGCUUCUUUGGCGAACUGCAGAUCUUUGAAAGAGAUAGCUAUAUCGGAUAAUCCUCUUAAUGGUGUUCUUCCAGAUUCCAUUGGCAAUCUCUCCGGUUCUCUUGAACGAUUUUAUUUAUAUCGUUCCGAAAUUAGGGGACAAAUACCAUUAGGAAUUGGGAUUUUAAGUAACUUAAACAUUCUGUCCCUAUUUGGCAACGACUUCACUGGAUCAGUGCCGAGAACAUUAUGUGAUUUACAGAACCUUCAAGUUUUAGCGCUUCAUCAAAAUAGGUUAAGUGGACUCUUGCCAGAGUGCCUUUGCAAACUGCCGGAGUUGGGCGUGGUUAGUUUGUCGUAUAAUAAAAUAUCGGGUCCAAUACCAUAUUGCAUUGGCAAUACUACCUCUUUGAGAAAUAUUUACCUAAAUUCAAAUAGGCUCACUAACAUACCCAUGAGUCUAUGGAGCCUCAAAGAUCUUGUAGUUCUUGACUUGUCCGAUAAUUGUUUGGUUGGUUCUUUACCUCCGGAUUUCGGAAAUUUGGAUGCCAUAACAUUAGUAGAUUUGUCGAGGAAUCACCUUUCAGGAAGUAUUCCAACCACAGUCGGAAACUUGCAGAAACUAAUUUAUCUUUCUUUGGCUUUCAAUGAGUUGGAAGGAUCUAUUCCUGAGUCACUCGGAAAAAUGAUAAGUUUGGAAUCGGCGAAUCUAUCCAAUAACAUUCUUUCAGGUAUGAUUCCAAAAUCAUUAGAGGCACUUCGGUAUCUCAAGGAUUUCAAUGUAUCAUUCAAUAGAUUAGAAGGUGAAAUCCCAAGUAAAGGACCUUUUCUCAAUUUCACCUCUCAAUCUUUUAUGGGAAAUGAAGAGUUAUGUGGUGGUUUCCUUUUCCGAUCUUGUAAGGCUAGGUCUGUUCACCACUCACAGAGAAGCAGAUUUCUUCUGAUUAUACUUGUCCCAUUGGUGGUUUCAUUAAUGGGACUUGGCUCAAUUGUUGUGUUCAUGUUCAGGAGACGUAGAAAUGUUCCAACCCAAGCCGAAUCCUUACCUGCAACAACGAUACUAGCCAGGAUUUCAUACAUUGAAAUCGAAAGGGCAACUCAGGGGUUCGACCAAUGCAACUUGCUAGGCCAUGGAGGUUUCGGUUCUGUUUACAAGGGCAUCUUUGCGAAUGGGAUGGUUUUGGCAAUCAAAGUAUUUAAUUUACAGAUUGAAGGUGCAUUUAAGAGUUUUGAUACUGAAUGUGAAGUUCUAUGCAACCUUCGCCAUAGAAAUCUUACCAAAGUUAUCAGCAGUUGUACUAAUAUGGAUUUUAAAGCAUUACUUCUAGAGUACAUGCCCAAUGGAAGCCUAGAGCAAUGGUUACAUUCUGAUGAUUACUCCUUGAAUAUGAUCCAAAGAUUAGACAUGAUGAUUGAUGUUGCAUCAGCUUUGGAAUAUCUCCAUCAUGGUUAUGCAACAAUUGUUGUACAUAGCGACUUGAAGCCUAGUAACGUCUUGCUAGACGAAAGGCUAGUUGGACAUGUGAGUGACUUUGGCCUGACCAAGCUAUUAGGAGAAGGGGAAUCUAUUGCUCAUACUAACACACUUGCAACGAUGGGCUAUAUUGCACCAGAGUAUGGAUCGGUAGGAUUAGUUUCCAGAAGAUGUGAUGUGUACAGCUACGGCAUAAUGCUCAUGGAAACAUUCACAAGAAAAAAGCCAUAUGACGAAAUGUUUCAAGAAAAUUUGAGCAUGAGGAGUUGGGUCUGUAAUUCAAUACCUGCAACACCAGAGGAUAUUAUUGAUGCCACCUUAUUGGAACCAGAAGAGAUUGAUUUCAAGAAAAAGUUGCAUUGUGUGUCCUCUAUUUUGGAGUUGGCAUUGAAUUGCACAGCUGAAUCUCCUAAUGAGAGGCUGAACAUGAAAGAUGUCCUGGCAAAUAUCAAGAAGAUCAAGCUGGAAUUUCUUCGCAAAUGAUGUAGCAAGGUUUAUAUGAUGGUAGUGCAGCCUUUUCCUCUGGGUGACGCCAAUUGAGAUGACAACCAAUAUUUGGUCCGAGAUUUGGACUUUUCUUGUUUAUUGUGCUUUUCUUUUGUGCGUGUUUAAAGUUUGUGUGAGUACUGAAGUUGGCAUGGAAGAAUGCCUUGUAUAAUAUUGAUGAUCAUUAUUAUGUAGAAUCAGCUUCAAGAGUCGAUGAAGAGCAGUGUAAAAUGUUGAACUACAAGCUAUAGGCUCUUUUGGUUACCAAGUUGAAUGCUUAACAGCUUGACUGCA